AUGUUUGGCACUGAUCAUGCGUCAUCCCCCCUGAUCAUCUGGCAGCUCUCUGCUUCUGAUGUUUUUGAUGAGGUGGGCCAUGCCUGGGGGUGGUGGGAGUCUGAGACAGAGUCUCCCAGCGAGUCAGAGAAGAACAGUGACUUCCAGUCUCUUCUCAGCUGGGAUUCAAGCUUGGAUCUGGAUGUGGGGAGCUGGAGGAAUACUGAAGAGCUGGAGGAGAGCAGCCAAGAGGGAGACCAUGAGCUGGAGUUCAGUGAGCCUCUCUGGGAGGAUGAUACUGAAGACUACCAAAAGGCAGAGAGUCCAUGUGAAGAUGACAGUCUUCUCCAGUUCUUCUCAGAGAACAAGACUGGAGAGACACCUGAGGAACUAGCUUUAGGUGAGCUGCACCCACAGGAGAUAAGUGAUCAGCCCCAGGAUCAAGAUGAUAGUGAUAGCACCUCUGCAGACCCCACGCUGGACUCCAGAAGCCCUGGCAACACGCAGCUGGUGCAGCUCAGCUGGGAUAACCCCCUGCAGCAUUUGCUCUUCAAAAGAACUCUAUUGUCCAUCUGGAAGAUGAUAGCCAGUCACAGAUACAGUGGCCCAUUCCUGAAAGCAGUGUCAGAGAAACAAGCCCCAGGAUACAGGGAUGUGGUGAAGAGGCCCAUGGAUUUAACCAGCAUAAAGAGAAGACUCUCAAAGGGACACAUUCAGUCCAUGGUCCAGUUCCAGCGUGACCUCAUGCUCAUGUUCCAGAACGCGAUGAUGUACAACAGCUUUAACCACCACAUCCACCACAUGGCCAUGGAGAUGCAGGGAGAGGUCCUGGAGCAGCUGCAGAUGCUGGGGGAAGCCCUCCUGUGCUCAAGGGAGCAGCUGGGGUGGGACAGAAGGUAA